AUGGAUAUAUAUUAUAUGUAGAUUUAUUUCCAAUUAUUUGUAUUUCAUUUAAAUCUUUUCGAAGAAGCCGUCGAGAGUUUUGCCUUAAUCCUUGGAAUAACAUCGGAUCAUCCUUUGAUAAAUUUACUAAUGGGUAUGGUUUAAUUAGAAUGAUUUUUUAGGAAAAACAUUAUUCAAUCUAGGUAGGAAAGAAGAAUCUAUUGAAUACUUUGAUGUGGCUAUCAAAAAUAAUCCAAUGUGUUAUGAAGCUUAUUUGAGAAAAAGCAGAAUUCAAUCUAACUUAAUCACUUUAGGAAUGACAUUAUUUAAUUUAGACAGAUAUCGAGAGGCUAUUGAAAGUUUUGCCUAAUUAAUCGAAAUGUAACCAACUAAUUAUGAAUUUUGA